CUCCAAAGUUAGAGGCAGAGGUAGAGGUAGAGGUGGUGCUCCUACUGCGAGAUUUCAUGGUGGAGGUAUUAGUGCCCUGAAGGGCAAAAGGAUGUUGCGGUGUGAGUGAGUGACUGAGUGAGUGAGUUUGUGGAGGAUCGAUGCGCAAUAGCCAGCCAUGCCGUCGCAGGUUGUGCGCCGACCAGGCCGCCAGCCGGAUUAUCACUCCAUACCCUUACAAUGUCCGCUGGUCAUCGACAAUGGAGCUUACCAUUGCCGCGUCGGCUGGGCCGGAGAGAACGAUCCUCGACUAGAUUUUCGGAACAUUCUCAACAAACCUCGACAACGGGGAUCCGGUGAAUUGGUGAGUCUUGUCGGUGAGUUUGAUCCGCAGUACGUCAAGCUGUUCGACUUCACACGGUCCUCUCUUCGUAGCCCGUUUGAUGGAAAUGUUGUAUAUCAGUUUGAAACUAUGGAGUGCAUUCUCGAUUAUGCUUUUGACAGGAUGGGUGUUGAUGGAGCUGGGAUUGAGCAUCCAGUAUUGCUAACGGAGGGCGCUCUCAAUCCCCCAUCCUCUCGUAGUCGCAUGGCUGAACUUCUUUUUGAAACGUAUGGUGUCCCUUCACUCGCCUUCGGUAUAGAUGGAGUUUUUGGAUAUGCUCAUAACCAGAAGCAGGGUGUAUGCGAACGCGAUGGGUUACUUGUCAAUAUGGGACAUCAAACAUCUCAUGUCAUUCCGAUUGUGGCUGGGGAGCCGGUAUUGGAGGCUGCCUGCAGAACCCCUGUAGGGGGCUUUCAGGUUACAAGCUACUUGAAGCGACUUCUAUCUCUGCAGUACCCUUAUCAUGUUAGCAGCAUCACAUGGGAGAAGGCGGAAGAGCUAAAGCAAGAGCACUGCUACAUUGCCGAAGACUAUCAUGAGGAGCUGAGCAUUUUUGAGAAGGGCGGCUCAGAUGCUGAGGCCAAGACAAGAUAUUGGCAACUGCUAUGGACACCACCAGCACAGAAGGAACAGCCUAGUGAGGAGGAGUUGGCUAGAAAGGCAGCUAUCAAGGAGAAGCAAGGCCAGCGAUUACGUGAUAUGGCCAAUGCCAAACGUGAAUCAAAAAUUGCUGAUUUGGAGGCGAAUGUCCAAGGACUAGAGUAUCUGCUACAGGAGCUGGAUGACGCGGAAGAUGAAAAGCAGGAAUCUUCCAUCCUUUUGCCAUCUGGAUAUAAUUCCAGACUUGAGGUGCAGGCUGCCCUUACAAAAGUCUCGGCCUCACUUCGAAAGGCCAAGGGACAACCUGCGGAGACUAACCCAGCAGAGGAAGAUAUGAUUUCCUUGUCAGAACGAUACCCCUUGGUUGACAUUCCGAAUAGCCAGCUUACAGCAGAGCAGAUUAAGGAGAAAAAAAAACAGAAGUUUUUGAAGAUGACUGCAGAAGGUCGAGCUCGUGCUAAACAAAGAAGACACGAACUCUCCUUACAGCGUGAACGUGAACAACAGUUAGAAGAGGACCGUCGCCUAGCAAAUCCAGAAGCGUACUUAGAGGAAUUGCGUUCUAGACAAGCUGAGCAGCAGGCCAAGGUGGAACAACGCAAGCGUCAAAAGACAGGUGUUGGGCCAGGAGGUACUCCUGCGUUGGUUUCAACUGGUGGUACCGGUGGCCGUGGGGAGAGGUUGAACGCAGUCCAGAAAGAACGUUUGAAACUUUUGACAACAGCAGCAUUUGACAGAGGGAAAGAGGAGGAUACUUUUGGUAUGCAUGAUGAAGACUGGCAACUGUACAAACGCAUGAGUAAAGAUGCAGAUGAUGUUGACGAAGCUGAUGAUGAAGAUGCCGAGCUUGCCCGGCUCACUAGUCGACUUCAGGAGCUGGACCCUACGUUCGUACCCUCAACAACAUCCAACCUGGGCGCUCAUGCUUCAGCUCCAGACUCGCUGCAACAGGGGCCACUUACUGCCGAAGAUUUUCGGAUAUCAUUGGGGGUGGAAAGAUUUCGAUGUCCUGAAAUUACAAUGCAACCAGCUAUGAUAGGAGUUGACCAGGCAGGUGUAGCGGAAAUUGUUAGUGUUGCCCUCAGGCGCUUGCCACCACAAUUUCGGAGCCAAGUUCUGAACGGGUCGAUUCUUCUAACUGGAGGUAGCUCUCUCUUCGAAGGCCUAGACAUGCGAAUGCUUGCCGAAGUCCGGAAGACCAGGGCUCUCGGUUCUCAGAUUAAAGUAGUGAGGGCUUUGAAUCCUUUACUGGAUGCUUGGCGUGGUGCAUCUACUUUUGCUUCGAAGUCGUUUGAGAAAUACUCCUUCACCAAGGCAGAUUAUGAGGAGAGAGGUCCUGAAUGGUUGCGGUACUACAAUCUGAAGUACUCGGUAGGAGGCUUUAGUGCAUAGUUCUAUGAGACAUCCUUUUAACCAGGUCAUUUAAAUUUUUUAGAUCUUUGUUCAUUUACAAGACAUUUGUUAUAGAUUAGUCGCAACCCCUCAAAUGGUAUGUAGGACAGGUUUGUAAAGUAAAGACUUUCUUUUGAGUCAA